AUGGUUGGAUCAAGGGAAAGGCAAGAAACAUGCUGGUGGAAGGAUCGUAAAAAGAUAGUUCCCUCUCUUUUUUGUUGUCUUUCUUUUUUCUUUUCCCUCUCUUUUUCUGUAUUUCUUCUUCACCAUUUUUGCUCUCUCUCUCUUUCUUCUCGCUUGUUUUCUUUCUUCCUCUCUUUCUUUCUUACUUACUUGUUCCCUCUCUUUUUUGUCGUUUUUUUUUCUCUCUGCUUUCCCUUCUUUCUUUCUUUCUUUCUUAUCCCUUUCAUUCCCCUCUUUUUAUUAUCUUCCUUAAUUAUUUUCUUUCUUUCUUUCUUUCUUUCUGCUUCACCUUCUUUUAAUCUAUCUAUCUAUCUAUCUAUCUAUCUAUCUAUCACCCAUUUGUUUUACAGUAAUUUGUUGUUUUAUUUGCUGCAAGUGGCAUAUGCACGUGUCAGCAGUCAAUACAUUGGUUAUUCUCCUUGCAUUGUUCACUGCAGUAACGGCAGCAGCAUCACUAUCCCUACUGCUGAUGUUGUCAUCUUCUACAUCACCAUUAUUUCUUCAGUUUUAUCUUGGCUGCAAUAUGCAAAAGCCACCCUUGGUAUUAUUUUGCCGUGUAAAUUUAUGGGAGCUACAACACUAAAAAGGACUAUAGCAAUGACAUUGAUGACAGCAAGAAUAUAA